GGCCAAGUCAACACGAGCACGCAGGAUUUUGCACGUCCGAUGCAUGCUCAUUGCCGCGAUGACUUGGACGUGUCGCUGCGAAAAGCGUGCGGCGGGGCACUUGACAGCUCGGUUUGACGUUCUUGGAUAGCUCCGCACCUCGUGCUCUCACCAACAUCCGCCCGUGAAAUGGGUUCUACUCCUCGCGCAGGUAUAGGGGAGGAUGCGCUGCGAGAUCAACUCUGCGUGUUACGCUGUUCUACUAGCUCCUUUCUUUUGCACGAGUGGCCAGGUUCGAAGAAAGAAAAUAGGACGCUAGCGCCGCGAUCAACGAAGCUUUGGGCCGGGAACUUGGCAGCUUUACCUGUGGUGGGAAGCUCCUCCAUGCUUGGUAGGAGAUAAAUGUGGACCCAAAUGGACCUCCGCGUAACUCGCCACGAACCGAAGCGAAUCAUGGCUGCCCACCGCUGGCUCUGCCCGUGUACUUCCGCCUCGUCGACACUUAAAUCUGGUCUCAUUCCUCAUAGGGCCUACAGGGAAAAUGUACCCCAAUCGACACACAACAAUCCGGCAGUACCGUCUGUCGUGAGUAUGCUGUGUCCUUUGACUUGAUCCGAGCCUGAGAGACGACGAUGUUGCGGAGGAAGAGAAAGAUCAUACACUUCAUUCGUCAUGCAGAGAGCGAUCACAACAUUGCGCCUUUCGAUACCAGGCUCAGAGAUCCGUAUCUGUCUCAGAAGGGGCGUAUCCAGGCGGAGGCUCUUGGUGAACAAUUCCCCCACCUGCAAGAUGUCGACUUGAUCGUAUGCUCGCCAAUGAAGAGAGCCAUCACUACUGCGCUCCUGGUUUUCAAGAAGCACCUCCUAUCCAGCAAAAAACAGCUCAUCGCGCUACCGGAAUUGCAAGAACUAAGCGGCAAACCUUGUGAUACAGGAUCUUCGCUCGCAGAGCUGUUGACUGAAUUCCGUGAGGAGCCUCUAGACUUGAACCAUGUGCCGCACAACUGGGAGUCCAAAGAUGGGGCCUGGUCGCCGACAGAACAACGCACUCUUGCCCGAAUGACGAGAGCACGUGCAUGGCUUCGUUCCAGGCCCGAGACCAACAUCGUCGUCGUCGGCCACGCUCAUUGCAUGCAGCUUCUGGUUAGAGACGCCCCUGAAGAGUACUACAAUGACGGUAUAGAGGCGAUCCGACUUGGAUUGCUGCCUGAAUGGAAGAAUUGCGAAUGGCGGUCUUUUAGUGCGGAAGUUCACCAAGAUCAUGUGCUCUGGUUUGACGAGUUGCGGGCCUCGAAGAAGGCAAAGUCGAGGGGAGAAAACGUUCCCAGGCUGACGAACGGCAAAGAGUCCAGGAAGAGCAGUCAGACCAGUUCGGAAAUGCCGGACGAGUUUGACAAGAACCGCUCUAGGUCCGUUUGGAGCUCGAAGAGUUCUCAAUUACCCUUCCCACCAGACACCUCGCCUGAUACGGUGACGAGAAAAGCACGCACCUGGCCGAAUGAAGCAGCCAGUAGCCCGUCGAGUCCUAAACAGACUCGAAAGCUCUUAUCAGCCAUUCGCAUACGAAAGUAAAGAUAUGAGGAUGAUGCUAGUCUCCACGCAUAUACGACUCAGGAAAUAACGAGGACAUACGAAAACACAAGUCAAGCGUUGAUGUUAGACAAGCGAUAAUGUAGAACUAGACUACUAGACAGGACUGUUGAGAAAGGAGUUCAAAAAGAUUUGCGUUGACGUGUCGAAUCUGCCACCUGAUGUUGGCUCGUUAUAUUCUCCCCAAUUUACCGUCAAUCUUUACCUCUGUAGCUGUGUCAAGGCGUAGACGAUGUUCUGAUGACUUAGGCCGAUUGAUCGACAACCUCUGCGGAACGAUUUAGACUCGACGUUAC